UUUAAAGAGGCCAAGAUGGCGGCUACUAUGGUCGAGACGCCUCCCCCACAACUGAUCACCAACAUAGAGUGGGGUAUGAUGGAUAAGAGUAAAUUUUAUCCAUUGUAUACGUUGAGCAGUUUCACAGUACGUUGCGCCCUCUACCCUCUAACCUUAAUAAAAACUCAAAUACAAGUUCAAAGGAAGAAGGAGGCGUAUAAAGGCGUUUCAGACGCGAUAAGCAAGAUCUACGGAAACGAAGGUGUUUCCGGUCUCUAUAGAGGAUUUUGGCUGUCUAGUUUUCAAAUAAUCUCAGGAGUGUUUUAUAUAUCAACGUACGAGGGGGUCAGACAUGAGCUCGGCAGAUAUGACAUCAACCCGAGGAUGAAGUCGUUCAUUGGCGGCGGUUGUGCGUCUAUAGUGGGUCAGACUGUCAUAGUGCCUUUCGACGUGUUGAGCCAGCAUCUCAUGGUUCUGGGUCUGGUUAAAGGGACUGGAGUUAAAAAUGCUAGAAUCAAUCCUCUCGGCAUUGAUUUGGAACAGAAAAUGUCCAAAGCGGCCCUCGCUAAGGAGGUAGCGGUGAGAGUGUACAGGCUCCACGGUCUUCUGGGAUACUAUAGGGGUUACGCGGCUUCACUUGCCGCCUACGUACCGAAUUCGGCCCUGUGGUGGGCUCUGUACACUGCUUAUCAAGAUGAGCUGUUCAAGAUAAGUCCGUCGUGGGUGUCGCACUUAUUCAUCCAGUGCGUGGCGGGUACUCUGGGAGGCUUCACCACCACUAUACUGACCAACCCUCUCGACAUCGUGAGGGCGAGGUUACAGGUCGAAGGCGUGGGUACAAUGAAGGAUAUCUUCAAGGAGCUAUGGCGGGAAGAAGGGCUUAUAGGGCUCUACGCGAAGGGCCUGUCAGCCAGACUGGUCCAGUCAGCCUGUUUCUCAUUCUCAAUAAUUUUGGGCUACGAGAGUAUUAAAAGAGUAUCGCUUAGCGAUGAGUAUAGGACGAGGGUCCGCUGGUGAAAUAAAUAUUGAUGUUGAA